GCCGAGUUGAGGCUAGUGGAACGCGGGCUACUGCUACUGGACUGAUCCCGGUGCGUUCCUUUACAACUUCUAUGGAUACUUCAAAGUAGCUAAGAGUUUCGCCAAAACGGAUUUACCACAGAAUGGAAGGUUGCAGGAUGGAAGAGUGAUGAUGGGAUGGAUGUGAAUAUGGGCCAGUGGGGCUACAUAGGCAUGCGUGCCCCUCUCGUCUGCCUGGCCCUGUUGCUGCUACUCUCUCAGCCGCACAACUGCUGCUGCCAGGACUCUCAGGGGCAUCCCCAGGGCCCCGCCAACGGCCCUCACUUUCUCUUCACUCAGCCCGUCUACCAUGCCACCGUCUACGAGAACUCCGCGGCGCGCACCUACGCCAACAGUAAAGUUAAAAUGGGCAUCCACUUGGACCAGCGCUCCUGGGAAAUCCGCUACAGGAUCACCUCUGGGGAUGAAGAAGGCUUCUUUAAAGCAGAGGAGUACGUGCUGGGAGAUUUCUGCUUCUUACGCAUAAGGACUAAAGGUGGCAACGCAGCCAUCUUGAAUCGAGAAAUCCAGGAUAGCUACUUACUGACAGUGAAAGCCUCUGUCAAAGGGGAGGUUCUGGAGACCUGGACCAAAGUGACGGUCCAGGUCCUGGACAUGAAUGACCUUCGACCUUUAUUCUCGCCCACCACAUACUCAGUCACCAUAGCAGAAAGUACCCCCCUCAGGACUAGCAUAGCACAAGUUACAGCCACUGACGCUGACGUCGGCUCUAACGGGGAAUUUUACUACUUCUUUAAGGAGAAAAUGGAGCUGUUCGCCGUGCACCCAACUAGCGGUGUGGUCUCCCUCAGUGGGAAACUGAACAUUGAGGAGCAGAACCGAUACGACCUAGAAAUCCAGGCAGUGGACCGCGGGAUGAAGUUGUAUGGCAAUAACGGUGUGAGCAGUACGGCCAAGCUCUUUAUGCAUGUAGAGCGUGUCAACGAGCAUGUGCCAGUCAUGAAUGUGGUCACCCAUGUCCCCUCGUGGUUGGACAAGGACCCUGUGUAUGCAGUGGUCACUGUGGAAGACCUGGACAAGGGGUUAAAUGGAGAGAUUGAGUCUUUGUCUAUAGUGGCCGGAGACCCUGUGAAGCAGUUUACUCUGGAAAGGUCAGAGGGCGAUGAGUUCGCUAUCAAAGCAUCUGACCAAGUGGACUGGGAUAACUUCCCUUAUGGAUAUAACCUCACACUCCAGGCCAAGGACAAGGGUGUCCCACAAAAGUUUUCUGCGGUCAGGGUUGUGCACAUCAUGGUGAAGAAACCACAGGCUGUGGAAGUGAAAUUCAAACAGGAGUCGUACGAAAUUAGUCUCUUUGAAAUCUCACCCCCAGGCAUGAUCGUAGAGGUGGUGAAAAUCACCCCUGAACCAGACAAUGCUGAAUAUAUCCUGACCCCCUCGGCAGACUCCUACUACUUCCGGAUGAACACCUUAACAGGCGUGAUCUCAACAACUCGCUGGUUCACGGAGGUCACCCAGGACGUGUUUGACCUCGAGGUGGUGGAGAUGGACAGCGAGCUGAGGGUCAAAGUUCGGGUCUCCAUCGAGGACGCCAACGACAACACCCCAACUUUCACUCAGUCUUCGUACGAGGUGUUUGUCAACGAGAGCGUUCCCAUGGGAUCGACCAUUCUGACGGUGUCCGCUGUGGAUGGUGAUAGGGGCGAGAAUGGAUACAUAACAUACAGCAUAGCCAGCCUUCAGCCCCUGCCCUUCAAAAUCAACCAGUUCUCUGGAAUCCUCACCACCACACAGGAGCUGGACUUUGAGUCCUCGUCUGAGAGCUACGUUUUUGUGGUCAGGGCCUCUGACUGGGGUUCCCCCUACAGACGAGAGAGUGAAGUCAACGUAACUGUCCAUCUGGAGAAUGUGAACGACAACCAACCCUUAUUCGAGAAAGUGGCGUGCCAGGGAGUGGUAUCUCGGGACUUCCCCACCGACGAGGUGAUAACCACCAUGUCUGCCAUUGACAUAGAUGAGCUAGAGCUGGUGAAGUACAAGAUCCUGGAAGGGAAUGAGAAGGGAUUCUUCGACCUGAACCCUGACUCAGGGGUCCUGACCCUACGGAGGUCCCUCUCCACUGCCAGUCCUAAAAAUGGUAUCUUCAGUUUGAAAAUAACCGCCACAGAUGGAGAGAACUUCUCCGAUCCAAUGUUCGUGAACAUCUCUAUUGUUCAUGGGAAAUUUCCGCCCAAGAACUUCAACUGUAGGGAGACCAGAGUCGCCCAAAAGCUAGCUGAGAAAUUACUAAAUAAGUCCAAAUCUAGAACCAAGCCCAAGAUCGAGGAAGGAUUCAUUGACCUUUUCUCCGUCAACAGACAGACACCUCAGUUUGACAAGGCCUUUCCCGCAGACAUAUCAGUAUGCGAGGACCUCAAGGUCGGGUCCAGUGUCUUCAAGGUCAACGCCUACGACGGCGACACAGGUUUUAACGGUUUGAUUUUGUACGCCAUCUCGGAUGGAAACACAGACAGCUGUUUCACCAUCGACAUGGAGAGUGGGCUGAUCAGUGUCUUCCUGCCCAUGGACAGAGAGAAAAGAGACAGAUACCUCCUCAACAUCACUAUCUACGACCUGGGCCUGCCACAGAAAACCGCUUGGCGUCUGCUCACCGUCUACAUUGAAGAUGCCAAUGACAAUACACCUCAAUUCCUGCAGGAGGGAGGCUAUAGAACCGUCAUUCCCGAAAACAUGGCCAUCGGCACCGAUGUCAUUCAGGUUGAGGCCACUGACAAAGACCUGGGGCCUAAUGGAGAAAUUGUCUACUCUGUCCUGACCAGCACCACCCAGUUCGGCAUCAACAGCUCUAACGGGAUUGUGUAUGUUGCCGGCCAGCUGGACAGGGAGUUUGUCUCCAACUUCAACUUGAAGAUCGAGGCUCGUGACCGUGCAGAGAAAGGGAACCAGAAGUUUUCAGUCACCACUCUGAAGAUCUCUCUAGAGGACGUUAAUGACUGCCCCCCUGCAUUCAUCCCCAGUGUCUACAACACCCGGGCCCUGGAGGACCUGCCAGUGGGAACCGUGGUGGCCUGGCUCGAGACUCAGGACCCAGACCUUGGCCUGGGUGGCCAGGUUAGAUACUCCCUGGCCAACGACUACAACGGGAAGUUUGAGGUGGACAAGGCCAGUGGGGCCAUCCGACUGACCAAGGAGCUGGACUACGAGACGCAACAGUUCUACAACCUCACGGUGAGAGCCAAGGAUAAAGGGAGACCUGUCUCUCUGCUGUCUGUCACCUUCGUGGAACUAGAGGUGGUAGAUGUAAACGAGAACCUCUACACUCCUUACUUCUCCCACUUCGCCCUCACGGGAUUGGUAAAGGAGAGCGCCCGCAUCGGGACCACCGUCCUUCAAGUCACGGCCCGGGAUGACGACAAUGGUAGAGAUGGGGCAAUCCAGUACUCUAUCCGGGAUGGGAGUGGACUGGGACGAUUCGCCAUCGACGAAGAGACGGGUGUCAUCUAUACCACAGAUACUCUGGACCGCGAGACCAAGGACUCCUAUUGGCUGACCGUGUACGCUGCAGACCACGGGGUGGUGCCCCAAUUCGCUAUCAUGGAGGUGUACAUCCAGGUAGAGGACGUCAACGACAACGCCCCCCUGACCUCUGACCCUGUCUACCACCCCGUCGUCAUGGAGAACUCUCCCAAGGACCUGUCGGUUAUUCAGAUCCAAGCCCAGGACCCGGACGCCACUGGGGGAGCAGAAAGACUGAGCUACAGGAUAGCUAGUGGGAACCCACAGAACUUCUUCACCAUCAAUACCAGGACCGGUGUCAUCACUACCACGUCCAGGAAACUGGACAGGGAGCAACAGGCUGAGCAUGUUUUAGAGGUCACAGUGUCGGAUGGCGGUCCCAGCCCCAAACACUCCACAUUGUGGGUGAUCGUCCACGUGCUUGAUGAGAAUGACAACAAGCCCACAUUCCCAGAGAAGGUGUACCAGAUCAAGUUACCAGAGAGGGACAGGAGGAAGAGAGGAGAGUCUAUCUACAGGGCCUUUGCCUACGACAGGGAUGAAGGGGUUAACGCUGACCUCUCCUACAGCAUCGUCGACGGCAACGAGGACGGCAAGUUCUUCAUCGACCCCAAGACGGCGGUGGUGUCGUCACGGAAGCAGUUCACUGCCGGGAGCUACGACAUCCUCACUAUCAAAGCCACAGAUAAUGGCCGCCCCCAGAAGUGGUCGACGGCCCGCCUACACAUCGAGUGGAUCCGUAAGCCCUCGGCCUCAGUGGCCCCCCUGCUUUUCAACGAGCAGUACUACAACUUCACCGUCAUGGAGAGUGACAAGGUGGCCGAGAUAGUGGGUGUGGUCUCCAUGCAACAGAGCUCCAACCCCCUCUGGUUUGACAUCACAGGUGGUAACACUGACAGCUUGUUUGACAUAGAAAAGGGUGUGGGCACCAUCAUCAUCGCUAAGCCACUAGACGCUGAGCAGCGCUCCUUCUACAACAUGACUGUGGAGGUGACGGACGGGACCAACUCUGCAGCCACACAGGUCCACAUCACAGUGUUGGACAACAAUGACAACGCACCUGUCUUCUCUCAACCCACCUAUGACAUCACCAUCUCUGAGGACACACCCCCGGAGACGGAGGUGGUCCAGGUGUUAGCGUCGGACCGGGACGAGCACCACCGCCUCACCUACUCCCUCCAAAGCGCCAUCGACCCCUCCAGCCUGCGUCUGUUUCGUAUAGACCCCAUCAUUGGCACGGUGUAUACUACAGAGAGACUCGACCACGAGGCUAGAGCACAACACAUCCUCACUGUCAUGGUAAAAGACCAGGAGUUUCCAUACAGGAGGAACCUGGCCCGAGUGUUGGUGGAUGUGGAGGAUGUUAAUGACCAUGUCCCAGUGUUCACCAGCGCUCUGUACGAGGGUUCGGUCUAUGAGUCUGCAGCAGUGGGCUCUGCUGUGCUCCAGGUGACUGCCCUGGACAAAGACAAGGGAGAGAACGCAGAACUCCUCUAUACCAUGGAAUCAGGCAACACAGGGAACACAUUCUGGAUUGAGCCGGUUCUGGGGAUCAUCUCUGUGGCCCGCGAGCUUGACCUCUCCACUAUCGGCCAUUACAUCAUCACCGUCAGAGUUACCGACAAUGGCUCCCCUCCACUCUCUGCCAACUCUGUGGUUCGCAUCGCCAUCACGCUGUCCGACAACGCCGGACCCAAGUUCUCCCAGACCGAAUACCAGGCCGAGGUCACAGAGAACGUUGCCGUGGGAACCUCUGUCACCAUGGUGAGCGCCAUGAGCCAAUCCACGCUGACCUACGACAUCCGACAUGGCAACAGCGAACGCACCUUCAGGAUCAACCAGUACAGCGGCGUGAUCACAACUCAGAAACCCCUUGACUAUGAGACCACAGCAUCUUAUAACCUGAUCGUCCAGGCCACCAACAUGGCUGGCAUGGCCUCCAAUGCCACCCUUCUCAUACGGGUGGUGGAUGAAAAUGACAACCCACCUGUUUUCCAGCUGCUACGCUACCAGGGUAGUAUCAGCGAGGCGGCGCCCAUCAACAGUGUGGUCCUGAACCCAGACAACACUCCUUUGUUCAUCAAGGCCACUGAUGCUGACCGCAACCAGAACGCUCUCCUGGUUUAUCAGAUCGUUGAGGACACAGCCAAGAUGUUCUUUAAAGUGGAUUCUGGCACCGGCUCCAUCAGGACUAUCGCCAACCUGGACCACGAGACGUUUGCUAGUUUUAACUUUCAUGUUCACGUGAGGGACAGUGGGAGGCCUCAGCUGACAGCGGAUAGCCCCACUGAGGUCACCAUCCAGGUAAUCGACACAAACGAUUCUCCACCUGUCUUCACCCAGAACGCCUACGAAACUGUCCUGCUGCUGCCCACCUAUGUAGGAGUAGAGGCAUUACAGGUCUCAGCCACAGACCCAGACCAAAACGUCCCCACAGAACUCACCUACUCACUGACAGACGGAAACCUGGAGCACUUUGCCAUCCAGCUCUCCAGCGGCAUCAUCAUCGUCAAGAACAACAACUUCUCCAAGGAACGGUUCCGCUUCAACGUCAAAGUGUCUGAUGGAAAGUUCUCCAGCACCACUCUAGUCACUGUUCUCGUCCGUGAGACGCUGGACUCUGGCCUCUUCUUUGCCCACAGCCUCUACUCCUCGUCCAUCCAGGAGAACAAUACCAACAUCACCAAAGUGGCGGUGGUCAACGCAGUGGGGAAUCGCCUCAAUGAGCCCCUCAAGUACACCCUACUGAAUCCAGGGACACGCUUCCAGAUCCGACCCACCUCGGGCGUAAUCCAGACCACUGGGAUUCCCUUCGACCGUGAGGAGCAGGAGUUCUAUGAGCUGGUGGUGGAGGCUGGGAGGGAGCAUGACCGUCUGCGUGUUGCCAGGGUGAUUGUGAGGGUCCAGGUAGAGGACAUUAACGACAAUGCUCCUGCAUUCCUGGGACUUCCGUAUUACGCUGCUGUCCAAGUGGAGGCUAAACCUGGUGUGCCCAUAUUCCGAGUCACCGCCAUGGACCAUGACAAAGGCAUCAACGGAGAGGUGUCUUACUACCUCAAAGACGACCACGGACACUUUGAGAUCGACAGGCUGACAGGCGGCCUCCGUCUGAAGGAGGCUUUUGAGUCUGACCUGUCCAACCAGGAGUACCAAAUGGUAGUUUAUGCCAAGGAUGGAGGUUACCCUCCCCUCUCAUCUGCCGUAGAGUUCCCCAUCACCGUGGUGAACAAGGCCAUGCCCGCCUUUGACAAGUCCUUCUAUACAGUGGCGGUGAACGAGGAUGUAGCGGUACACACGCCUAUAUUAGGAAUCAAUGCCACCAGCCCAGAAGGCCAGAACAUCAUCUACACCAUCGUGGAGGGAGACCCCUCUCUGCAGUUUGACAUCGGCUUUGACACCGGAGUCAUUAAAGUCAUCAACUCCCUGGACUAUGAGAUCGCCUCAUCCUUCCGUCUGACUGUCAGAGCCACAGACUACCUGACCGGCGCCCGUGCUGAGGUGGACGUAGAUGUCACAGUUAAUGACGUCAAUGAUAACCCUCCGGUGUUUGAAAAAACAUCCUAUAAGGCAGUUCUGUCUGAGACUGCCAUGAUCGGCACUCCGGCGCUGCAAGUGGUGGCUACCGACCAAGACUCUGAAAAGAACAACAUCGUACACUAUCAGAUCUUCUAUCCCACAGAUGCCUACAACAGCACCGACCACUUCCACAUUGACAGCAGCAGUGGCCUCAUACUGACCGCCCGCAUGCUCGACCACGAGCUUGUCCAGCGCUAUGACUUCAUCGUCAGGGCAACCGAUAACGGCUUCCCACCGCUGAGCAGUGAAGUGUCGGUCGUGCUUGUGGUGAACGACAUGAACGACAACCCUCCGGUGUUCAACCAGCUUCUCUAUGAGGCCUAUGUCAGCGAGCUGGCCCCUAGGGGCCAUUUUGUGACCUGCAUCCAGGGUUCGGAUGCUGACAGCUCAGACUAUGACAAACUGGAGUACAGCAUCCUGUCAGGAAACGAGAGGAUGAACUUUGUGAUGGAUGGUAAGACAGGUAUCAUCACGCUGUCUAGUCACAGAAAGCAGAGGAUGGAGCCAGCCUACAGUCUGAAUGUAUCCGUGUCUGAUGGGGUGUUCACCAGCACGGCCCAGGUGCACGUUAGGGUUCUGGGGGCCAACCUCUACAGUCCUGUGUUUGAACUGAAUCCCUACGAGGCAGAGGUACGAGAAAACGCAGCUAUAGGAACAAAGGUGAUCCAGGUGAGGGCAACCGAUGCUGACCCAGGAGUGUUUGGCCAGAUUACCUACUCAUUCAUCAAUGACGUGGGCAAGGACCAGUUCAAUGUGGACGCCAAUGGUCAGAUCACCACCUUGGAGAAGUUGGACAGAGAGGACCCAGCCAACAAGAACAUUUUCCUCAUGGUGGCAGCCCAGGACGGGGGUGGAAGGGCCUCCUACUGCACCGUCCGUGUCUCCCUGGUGGACGACAACGACAACGUCCCUCGCUUUCGAGCUGUGGAAUACCGUGCUUCUGUCAAAUCUGACGUUGGCAAGGGCUUCCUGGUGACCCAGAUCCAGGCAUAUGAUCCUGAUGAUGGUGCCAACUCUAAGGUGACAUACUCGCUCUACAGCGAGGCACACGUACCCGUGGUGGAUAUCUUAGAGAUUGAUCCUGACAACGGCUGGAUGGUCACCAAGGGGAGUUUCAGCCACCUGCGCAACUCAGUCCUGUCUUUCUUUGUUAAAGCAGUUGAUGGAGGCAUCCCUGUCAAGCACUCUUUAGUAUCAGUCUACAUCCAUGUCUUGGCACCUGACGCCCUCACCCCCUCCUUCACCCAACCACAGUUCUCCUUUACCGUCCCAGAGGACACCCCUAUAGGAGCUGCCCUAGGGUCCGUCCGCCUCAUCACCCCACCAGGCUACGCCUCGCUGCCAGUUACAUUUGCUCUAGUCAACGGAGAGACCGGGGAGAACAACCUGGAGGGAGUCCUGGUGGUGGACAGGGACACUGGGGUCAUCAAGCUGGACAAGCCCCUUGACCAUGAGGUCAUCACCUCCUUCCACUUCAAGGUCACAGCCACCGUGCAGCAGGCCAAGCUGGACUCUGUGACCAGUGUUGACGUAGAAGUCAAAGUCUUGGAUGUGAACGACAACAAGCCAGCAUUUGAAUCCAACUCUUACGAGGCGACAGUGAUGGAAGGGAUGCCUAUCGGCACCAUAAUCAUCCAGGUUCAGGCUCUGGACCCAGACUCUGGAGCUAACGGACAGGUUACAUACAACCUAGGCACAUUGGCUCAAUCUGAAGGGGAGCCGGACCAAUCCACAGAGACCUUCACCAUUGACAGCAACACAGGCUGGAUCUCUACUCUCAAGGAGUUGGACCACGAGAUGUGCCCAUCCUACACCUUCCUGGUUGUGGCCUCAGACCUGGGGGAGGCCCUGACCCUCUCCUCCACCUCCACGCUGACCUUGGCCGUGUCAGACAUCAACGACAACCCGCCCAGCUUCCUGGAUGAGAGGUACCUGGGCUCAGUGCGCGAGAGCGACCCCCCUGGCGAGGUGGUGGCGGUGCUCAACACGAGAGACGACGACAGCUCUGCAGUGAACCGCCAAGUCAGCUAUCACAUCACAGGUGGGAACCCUCGAGGGGAGUUUGCCCUGGGGCAGGUGCAAGGCGAGUGGAAGAUGUAUGUGAAGCGCCCGCUGGACCGUGAGGAACAGGACCUGUACCUUCUCAACGUUACCGCUAGCGACGGCCUGUUCGUCACCAGGGCAACCGUGGAGGUGUCUGUGACUGACACCAAUGACAACAGCCCGGUCUGCGACGAGGCUCUGUACACCGCCUCAGUCCCAGAGGAUAUCCCAGUCAACAGAGUGAUAGUGGGGGUUGGGGCCAGCGAUGCUGAUGUAGGGGUCAGUGCUUGGAUCCAGUACUCUCUACAUGGACCAGGCUCUGAAGACUACAGCAUCGACCCAGACACUGGUGAACUAAAGACAGCCCAGGCCCUGGACCGGGAGAAGACACCCGUGUACAGACUGGUUGCCCAGGCAACAGACGGAGGUGGUCGGUUCUGUCUUGCAGAGGUCCACCUGCUGUUGGAUGUGAAUGACAACCCUCCGGCGUUCUCUGCUCCCCACUACACUGCCAGUGUGUAUGAAGACACAUCCACCAAAGCCCUGCUCACACGCAUACAGGCCAUCGACCCUGAUGAAGGUGUCAGUCGUAAGGUGGUCUAUUCUCUGGCCAACUCUGCCGGCGGCUUCUUCUCCAUCGACAAGUCUUCCGGUAUCGUUGUGCUGGAACGUAUCCUGGACCGCGAACAGCAACCGUCCUACAUGAUCACGGUCAGAGCGUCCGACCAGGGCUCUCCGGUCCGCCUGUCCUCCCUGGUCAACGUAACCGUUACAGUCCUGGACAUUAAUGACAACCCGCCGGUGUUUGAGCGGCGUGACCACCUCGCCACCGUGCCAGAGGACGUGGGGUUAGGGACGGAGGUGCUGAGAGUGUACGCAGCCAGUAAGGACAUUGGAACUAACGCUGAGAUCACCUAUAGUAUCCGCUCAGGCAACGAGCACGGAAAGUUCCACAUACACCCCCUCACUGGUGCCAUCUCAGUGUCUAAGCCUCUGGACUUUGAGAUGUGUAAAGACUACUUCCUCACUGUGGAGGCCAGAGACGGUGGAACCCCGCCCCUAAGUGCCGUAACCAUGGUAAACAUCAACCUGACAGACGUCAAUGACAAUGCACCCAUGUUCAGCCGAGACGUCUACACCACUGUCGUAUCCGAAGACGCAACCAUCGGAGAGUCCGUCGUCAAGCUGACAGCUGAGGACGUAGACAGUCAGGUGAAUGGGGAUAUCCUCUACUCCAUCGUCAGUGGCGACAAAGAGAACCAGUUCUUCAUAGACCCUCUCUCUGGCAUGGUGAAGGUCAACAAACAGCUGGACAGAGAGACGGUGUCUGGUUACUCUCUGGCGGUCAGGGCUCUGGACAGUGGUGUUCCGCCCAUGUCGUCAACGGUGAUGGUCAACAUCGACAUCUCAGACAUCAAUGACAGCCCGCCUACUUUCACCCCGGCCAAUCUCACCACUGUCAUACAGGAGAAUAAGCCCAUCGGCACUAGCAUUCUGCAGCUGUCUGUCAUAGACCAGGACUCCUCCCAUAACGGCCCACCCUUUGAGUUCCGUAUCUUAUCAGGGAAUGAAGGUGGAGAGUUUACACUGGAGUGGGAUGGAACUCUGCUAGCCAAUCAGGUGUUUAGGAGGGACUUGGCCACAGAGUAUGUCAUCCAGGUCCAGGUAAGGGACUCAGGUAAGCCCCGUCUGUCCUCCUCUUCUACCCUGACUGUGCGUGUGAUUGAGGAGAGCCUUCACCGGCCCGUAGCACUUCCCCUGGAGGUCCACAUCAUUACCAUGGAGGACGAAUUUCCUGGAGGAGUCAUCGGCCAGCUGCACGCCACUGACGCAGACCCCUAUGAUGCCCUGACCUUCGGCCACGCCCCUCCGUCUCAACGCUCCCUCUUUAAGAUCAGCCCGAGAGACGGUAAGAUCAUAGCCCUGGGCGGCCUGGACGCCGGUCACUACUCCCUCAACGCUAGCGUGAGUGACGGACGCUUCGCCGUGCCCGUGGCUGUGAGCGUGCAUGUGGAGCAGGCAUCGCCAGAGAUGCUGCGCGAGGCGGUGACGGUGCGUUUUGAGAGUGUGCAACCCCACGACUUUGUGGCAACACAUCUAAAAACGUUGAAAGUCCUGAAGGUUGCCGCGGCAACGCAGAAGCAGGACGCGCUGCAUGUGCUCAGUCUGCAGCCCGUUGGCGGGACCAGCCAGCUGGAUCUGCUGGUUGCCGUGGAGACGGCUGGGGGAGGGUUCUACAAGGCAGCGUACCUGACCCAGAAGCUGAGCGCCUCCCGGAGGCAGCUGGAGGAAGUGCUGAGGGUGUCGGCCAUCUUGGAUAAGAACUGUUCUGGGCUUGAGUGUCGUGGGGCCCAGUGUGAGCAGAGCAUUGUGUUGGACUCUCACGCUCUCAUCACCUACAGCACACCCAGGGUUAGCUUUGUGUCACCACGCUUCCACAGGACCACCCGCUGCACAUGCACUGAUGGUAGCUGUUCCCCAACCUCAGAGUUGUGUGAUGAGCAGCCCUGCCCAGGAGACAUGCAGUGUGUGGGCACAGAGGGCACCAGAGUACCGUACGCCUGCCAGUGUCCACCAGGGAAACUAGGAGAGUGUGCAGGUCACACGUCUCUGAGUUUCUCAGGGAACAGCUAUAUCAAGUAUAAAGUGUCUGAUGGAGGAAGGACAGGAGAGAUGAAGCUGGGACUAAGAAUCAGAACUCUACAGAGCAGAGGAAUCAUCAUGUACACGCACUCUGACCCCUGCACUAUACUGAAGCUAGAGGAGGGUAAACUGUGGUUCCAGCUGGACUGCGGGAACAGCCCUGGUAUGCUGGGUAUUUCUGGGAGGCCCAUCAACGAUGGGAACUGGCACACGGUGACUCUGGAGCUCAACCGUAACUUCACCAGUCUGUCUCUGGACGACAGCUAUGUGGAGAGGAGGAGAGGACCACCAAGCUUCCAACCACUAGGGGCAGAUGGGUCUAUCUACUUUGGAGCACAGGUCCAGCCUCCUAACUCUCGCAGCCUGACAGACAAGAAGGGUCCUCGGGUGACGGAUGGUUUCCAGGGCUGCCUGGACUCUGUGAUGCUCAACAACAACGAGCUGCCACUGCAGAACAAGAGGAGUCGCUAUGCUGAGGUGGUGGGCCUGACAGAGCUGAAGCUGGGCUGUGUUCUCUACCCCGACUCCUGCCUGAAACAGCCCUGCCUCCACGGCGCCACCUGCACCAGCCUGCCCUCCGGUGCGUUUGCCUGUAGUUGCAGACCCCAGUACACUGGAGGGCGCUGUGAGACAGAGAUCACAGCUUGCGUUCCUAACCCCUGCCUCAACAGUGGUGUGUGCAAAGCAAUCGGCAAUGCUUUCCUCUGCAGCUGCAGGAGAGGGUUCCAGGGAACCACGUGCGAGGAGGAUGUAAACGAGUGUGUGCGGGGCAGAGCCACGGGCGGCGAGGCAGAAUGCGAGAAUGGUGGUGUGUGCGUCAACACGCACGGCUCGUUCUACUGUAACUGCACGGCGGGCUUUGUGGGCCAGCGCUGCGGCCUGCGGCCCGUGGUGGUCCCAGACAUGCAGGCUGGACACGCCGUGCUGGGGAAAGAAGAACUGAUCGGCAUCGCUGUUGUCCUCUUCGUCAUCGUCACCCUCAUCAUCCUCUUCAUCGCCUUCCGCAAGAAGGUGUUCCAGAAGAACUACUCCCGUAACAACUUGACGCUGGUCCAAGAUCCAGCAACAGCAGCUCUGUUAAACAAGGCCAACGGGGUUCAGUUCAAGACCCUGCGCUGCACGCCGGGAGACCCCUUGAACCUGUACGCCGAAGCGGGGCUGUGCGCCACGGUGAUAGGGGGAGGAGCCGGAAUGAUCGGCCCGCCCCAGGUGCCUGUGAGGCCCAUGGCGUACACACCCUGUUUCCAAGGCGACCCACGGUCCACGCUGGAGAAGAUGGCGGAUGGGAGAGGCGUGGAACACAAUGAGAUGAGCACCUUCCACCCAGAGUCACCCAGGGUUCUGGGAGGCACGAUGCGGAGGGGGGUGGUGGUGUGCAGCGUGGCACCCAAUCUACCACCUGUCUCGCCCUGCCGUUCCGACUGUGAUUCCAUCCGCAAGAGCCCGUGGGACAGCGACGAGGGUAAAAUGGUAGAUAUGGGCGAAGAGAUGACCUGUUUCUCAGGGAGUAAUAAGGGCAGCAACUCUGAGGUCCAAUCACUGAGCUCCUUCCAGUCUGACUCUUGCGAUGACAACGCCUCCAUAGUGACCGUCAUUCGACUGGUCAAUGAUGCAGUCGACACUAUUGAAAACGAAGUGUCAGUCAUGGACCAAGGUCAGAGCUACAACAGAGCGUAUCACUGGGACACGUCUGACUGGAUGCCCAACUCACGGCUACCCGACAUCGAAGAGGUGCCCAGUUACGAGGUCAGCGGCCUAGGGGGCCACGGAGACAUGGUUGCCUCAGCCUCCCGACUGGGGGGCAGCUCUCACCUGGGGGGCAGCGCCCGGGAGCUGGAGUCAGACUACUACCUCGGGGGCUACGACAUCGACAGUGACUUCCCCCCUCCCCAUGAAGAGGAGUUUCUGACCCAGGACCAGCUCCCUCCUCCCCUUCCCACUCCCUUGGAGGAGUACCAGGGGCACCCCUACGACACCCUUCCCACCACCCAGCCCGCCUCCAAGGAGAGCACCCUGAGUGGGAGUGGUAGUGGCAGCACCGGACGCCACAGGUCUCCCCGCCCACACUUCCACCCCAGCCAAUACCUGCCCCCACACCAGCUGCCCCUGGGGGAGGCGGGGCAAGGCGGGCCCGGGGGGGAGGAGUUCAGCACUUUUGUGGGUAGGGUGAUCACGCCGGGAGGCGGGGACAUGGAAGAUAAUGUGUCGCUGAACAUGAGGUUGUCGGUGAACGCGUCAUCGGCCUCGGACCUGUCGGCGCCCUGUGGCUUUGAUGACUCAGAGGCGGGCGGUAGUGACUUUGACAGUAUGGAUGAGCUCCACCGGGGUGGGAUACACACCGUAGAGAUGCAGCAACAGACUGAGGUCUGAGGUCUGACUGGGCCCCACCGUGGGGUCAAGAGUACUGGCUAGGGGACGGGAUGGGCAGGAGAGCAGAACAGAGACUGUUAGAGUAGUGUGUCGAGCUGGAGUUAUGAGAGAUGGAGGUCCUUGCUCAGAGAGGAAUGAUUGGUGUAUAAUGGACACACUGCUAGCUAGUGGCUACGUUAUCAAAACAGUACCCACCCUAACCCUUCAACCACUGCCAUUGCAAACACUAACCUUAAAUCAAUUGCAUUGUAUUGGUCACAUACACAUGGAUAAACCACUUCACCCAUUGCAGGCUUUAUCCUUAAACUAGUUUCCCUCAUUCCAAGCCACCACCCUUAACCACUACCCUUAGCCACUACCCUUAACCACUACCCUUAAGAAACGACCCCUUAAGAUAAUACCAAGCCGCAUACAAUGGAAAGCAAUGUGUUUUGUCACAUUAGUACCUAUAGCUGGUUAUGAUCAUAGCCACUACCCUAGCAGUGGCCCGUGUCAAGGUCAGCUGAGUGUUAUACUCUUCCAUAGCAGGAACAUAAAGCCUACCAGAUAUGCUGAGUAGGAAUGAAAACAAAAAAGUGAAAAAAAAUACAAACUUUUAAGAGACAACUCCAGAGAAAAUGGAUGAGCUAAUCAAUAAACAAAAGAUUAAGAAUGUUUGGGGGAAAAAUUCAAGGGACAAUAUUGUAAUUGAAUGGUCAGUACUGUGAUAUGGCCUUCUCUGUCAUAGCGGAUGUGAUUGUUAGCUGCACGCUCCACACAGCUCCCCUGUCCCACCUCUCACUACACCUGCUCACCCACAGAGACCCAAUGGACUUUCCCCUAACCACGAUGCAAUCCACUUGGGGGGAAACUCCCCCCUGUCAGAUUUGUGUCUUUUUUUCCCCCUAGUUUUGUUAUUUUGUACAAAUCCGCUCAUACAUAACCUGUACAGAAUUUGUGAAAUAGUAAAAGGACCAUAGUGGUGCAAUUGAAAUGGAAGAAGAAGAUAUUUUGUAUUAUUAUCCACUCUAAGAAUGCUAUUUGGAUUGAUGUGGAAUAUGUUUAAUAUUACCCUUAGUCCAGACCUCUUCCCCGAAAUCAGGCCUGUGAGCAUUCCUUCUGUCCCACCACAUGCUAAACUGCUAUCCUGCCGAGUCGCUCAUUUUGCUUUAAUGAUGCUAUGAUCUUUAUUGUUUUGCACUAGUAUCUUUUGAUGUUUUAUGUUUUCAUGAUUAUUACAUGAAACAUGCUACAUUAUUGAAAUCCUCCAAAGGGCAUGAUGAUAAUAUGUCAAUUCUGGGCCAGUGAAAUUAGCAUAAUAAGCACUGAGGAAUUUUUGUGUUUGUAAUUGUCUUUUCACAAGUCCCUGAUUUUUAAAUAGACAUUGAAAAUUGACAAUUCACAUUGAGUGUGCUUGAGCUAUUACAUUUCCCAGCAUGCAGCUCAAUGUCUUUUAUUUGAUUUCCUUCUUCCCAUGUGUUUUGCACUGAGCAGGUUUCAUAGAGUCACUCCAGAAUUUCCCAAAGCCAUAACAGCAAUAGACUGACUGAUAGAUGAGAAGUAGGGUCCAUGCACAAUGCAAAUGCAUUGGAAAAUAAUAUAAUAAUGUAGCAUCCCAUACCAAUCACAGCGGCUAGGCAGUGUUGCAUCAUGGGUUUUGUCAGUUACAGUGUUACAUUUUGGUUCUGUCUGCUUAAAAAAUUAAAUAAACAAUGGAUGAGUUUUGGACUUGUAUUCUACACAUCUGGACAGAUAACAAAACAGCGUCGUAUUUGUCUUGGAGUUGUAUUGGACUUGUAUUGGACUUGGAGUUGUAUUGGACUUGGAGUUGUAUUGGAGUUGGAGUUGUAUUGGAGUUGUAUUGGACUUGGAGUUGUAUUGGACUUGGAGUUGUAUUGGACUUGUAUUGGACUUGGAGUAGUUUUGGACAUGGAGUUGUAUUGGACUUGGAGUUGUAUUGAAGUUGUAUUGGACUUGGAGUUGUUUUGGACUUGGAGUUGUAUUAGACUUGGAGUUGUAUUGGACUUGGAGUUGUAUUGGACUUGGAGUUGUUUUGGACUUGGAGUUGUAUUGGACUUGGAGUUGUUUUGGACUUGGAGUUGUUUUGGACUUGGAGUUGUAUUGGACUUGGAGUUGUUUUGGAGUUGUAUUGGACUUGGAGUUGUAUUGGACUUGGAGUUGUAUUGGACUUGGAGUUGUUUUGGACUUGGAGUUGUAUUAGACUUGGAGUUGUUUUGGAGUUGUAUUGGACUUGGAGUUGUUUUGGACUUGGAGUUGUAUUGGACUUGGAGUUGUAUUGGACUUGGAGUUGUAUGAGACUUGGAGUUGUAUUGGACUUGGAGUUGUUUUGGACUUGGAGUUGUUUUGGACUUGGAGUUGUUUUGGACUUGGAGUUGUAUUGGACUUGGAGUUGUAUGAGACUUGGAGUUGUAUUGGACUUGGAGUUGUAUUGGACUUGGAGUUGUAUGAGACUUGGAGUUGUAUUGGACUUGGAGUUGUAUUGGACUUGGAGUUGUAUGAAACUUGGAGUUGUAUUGGACUUGGAGUUGUUUUGGACUUGGAGUUGUUUUGGACUUGAAGUUGUAUUGGACUUGGAGUUGUAUGAGACUUGGAGUUGUAUGAGACUUGGAGUUGUAUUGGACUUGGAGUUGUAUUGGACUUGGAGUUGUAUGAGACUUGGAGUUGUAUGAGACUUGGAGUUGUAUGAGACUUGGAGUUGUAUGAGACUUGGAGUUGUAUGAGACUUGGAGUUGUAUUGGACUUGGAGUUGUAUGAGACUUGGAGUUGUAUGAGACUUGGAGUUGUAUGAGACUUGGAGUUGUAUGAGACUUGGAGUUGUAUGAGACUUGGAGUUGUAUGAGACUUGGAGUUGUAUGAGACUUGGAGUUGUAUGAGACUUGGAGUUGUAUGAGACUUGGAGUUGUAUGAGACUUGGAGUUGUAUGAGACUUGGAGUUGUAUGAGACUUGGAGUUGUUUUGGAAUAUAAUAUGCCUGAUCCAGUCGGGCAAGAUUAUUUUGUAAAAGAUGUAAGUUUGUGUUAAAAUCUUUGUACAGUGUACAUAGAUAGCUAGAUUGUUUACAUGCUGAUUUUGUAGAUAUUGAAUUGCAAUCCUGACUGACUUUCUUUGAGUUUCUUGUGUUUGAUGUGAAUGUGGACCGUAAGAGACCAUGAUAAAUAAAUCAUUUAACCUCAGCUCCCCUCCUCCGGUCGCAUUUCAACUAAAGUCUUUUUUUUUCAUUAACCUUUUGCUUUUAAAGAUAAAUAGCCUUUCAAUAGACUAGGUUGAACUUCCACAGUAUUACAUGUACAACACCUGCAUUACAUUACAUCCCUGUGGUUUUUCUUUUUUGUUUAAAUAUCUUUCUGGUUUCUGUUCCUUUUUAAUUAUUUCAGGGAGUAUUAAAAUAUAUCUAAUCUAACUGCAGCAAUUGAGUUUACAAAAUGAGUUAUUUUUAACUGCUUUUUUGUUUCUUAAAUCAAUGCUGAAAAUAAAAAAGGUUCUUGAUCAAA